CUAUCUGCUCUUACUUAGACAGCACUAACAGAUGCCACUCCUCCGACGCUGACAAGCUGCAUCCUCAAGCACUUACACAACUCGCACAACAAUGGACAAGGGAUCGGGAGCAGCCAAUGACACGCAAACUCUCAACAUCGACGACUUCACCGCCGCGCUUGAGUUGGACUUCAUCACGUCGAACUUUGUUAACAAUCAGCAACUCAAUAUUACCAGCUUUGGUACCGGACCAGACGAAAUUUCGCAGGAUUUACCGGGCAUUGGUCCUAUUGAACCUCUCGGUGUCCUUGGUGUUGAGUCAUCUCAUCAACAAGACGCAUUUGCGAUUGGCCCCGUUCCAACUGUUCUCGGUAGCCAACAUGUCAGCAUAGACUUUGCCGAGAGGCAACCCGUGAACAACGUCAACCAAUUUGACGAGCCUGGCGUGUUUAUGUUCUCGGAAGCCUUGGGCGAUGGAGAGCCUAUGGGACACCUGUUUAGUAACGAGGGGAAUAACAUACCAUCACUCCAACCUUCAGAUACCACAACGCCGCCGAAGAUCGGGACUCGCUUCUCAUCCAAGUCUCUCCGCAUUCUGAAGACAUGGCUGGCCAACAACAAUCAUCACCCGUACCCAACUACCGAGGACAUGGAGAUAUUGCAGCGGCAGACCGGCCUCAGCAGACAGCAGAUUACCAAUUGGCUGGCCAACACCCGCAGACGGACGCGCUUCAAAGUGCCGCCGAGACGUCCGCCUUCUCCGGCGAUUACCUCUUCAAGAACUAUGCCCAUCGACAUCCCUGUAGGCUCCAGCCUUUCCGACACUUUCCAACACUUGAACCCUCUCCAGAGAUGGCAGGUUUCACCUCCAGAGCAUGAACCUGCGUCCGUAUCGGCUAUUGCAAACGCUGUUUCUGGAUUUUCGUCAGAAGGAGAAGACUUGGGCGACCGAUCAUUGACAGAUACCAUUCCGACGCGGUCCUUGUACGGGCAGUCUUCGGCAAGCAGUGCAGGAACGUCUCACUCCAGUAGAAGCUCGGCCAACUCAGCAUAUUCACACAACUCUCACACGUCUCUGAGGUCUCUCGAACCCCUUGGGAAAAGUGCAGUGAAGCGGAGACGGCGUCGAGCGCUGGCGAAACGCCCUGAGACCAAGGGCACAGGAACCCUUUGGCAGACCAGCAACACAUAUCAGUGUACGUUCUGUACAGAGACGUUCAAGACCAAACACAACUGGCAGCGUCACGAAAAGUCGUUGCAUCUAUCUCUCGAGCGUUGGGAAUGCGCUCCGACUGGCGCGACUGUGCCUGACGCUAGCGGGCAACCGGUUUGUAUCUUUUGCAGCGAAGCGAGCCCGAAUAAGGAACAUUUAGAGAAGCAUAAUUAUCAAGCAUGUAGGGACCGUCAGCCUGAAGACCGAACAUUUUAUCGAAAAGAUCACCUGCAGCAACACUUGAAGCUGGUUCAUGAUGCCAAAUUCUUGAGGUGGCCUAUGGGAGAUUGGAAAUACGAAAGCGAGGUUGUACGUUCCCGGUGCGGCUUUUGCGGCCACACGAUGUCUUCGUGGACCGACCGGAUUGAUCAUCUGGCCGAGCACUUCAAAGACGGAAAGACGAUGGCAGAUUGGCACGGUGAUUGGGGAUUCGAUGACAAUGUCUUGAACAUGGUCGAGAACUCGGUGCAGCCUUACUUGAUUCACAUGGAACGCAACUCACCAUGGCCGUUUACAACUAAGCAAGGUGUUCCAGAGACACCGCCCAAUGCCUACGAGCUGAUCAAGCUAGAGCUUGAACACUUUUCCGCCGAACACCAAAAUACCAAGGACGAGAUGCCUACAAACGCAGAACUUUUAUACGAGAGCUGCUGCGUCAUUUUUGGAUGCGACUCAAUUUCAUUUUCCAAGAGACCUGCAACGUCAACCCAGAGCUGGCUGCGAGAUUUGCUCAUGUCAUCCGAGUCCAUCGUACAGCAGGCGCGAGUCCGACCGAUGAAGAACAACGCAAGGUCACGAUUUACGUAUCUUAGCAUAAACGGCAAAGCGUGCAUCUUUGAGGCCUGCGGGUUGGAAGAGCAAAUGCAGAGCUACGUGGAGAUUUCCAAGUUGAUUGAGUCACAAAUUUCCGACAACGAGUUGCAACGAGAGGCCUGCAACAUCGUCGAAAGGAUCGAGGCCUCUUCGCCCAAUCCGUCGGAAAUCUUUACGAACUUUUUGUUCAGUCUCAUCAAUGGCUCUUCUCACUGGCUUGCCGCAUUCCGUCAUCGGGCUGGACUCUCGCCGUCUGAGGCUUCGGAUGCUAUUCUCCCGUCCAGCGUAUCCGAAGCAAUUCUAAGCUCCGCAGCAGCUGAGGCCGGUCUCGAGUUCUCGGGGGCGAAUGUUUCUUCAGGAAGCACACCUGAUCCGACACAGGUGAAUGCCGGCGGUGGUAAGACGGGCGACAUUAGUAAGGUGUACUCGACCUCCUCGUUCUUCGUCAACGACGACAAUUGCUACAGGAAACUUAUGAAAGAGCUCACUCGUUUCGUGACCAUCACGACGUCGCCACGCAAUCCGAACAGGCGCAUUCCGACCGAUGCCGAACUCCAACAUCAGGCGAGGUGGAUAUCCUUUGAAGAUGACGAUCCAUGGAAUCAGACUCCAGCGGACAACCCAGACUGGCUUCGAGACUUUAAGCGCGAGAUGGGCAUUCUUGACGAUGACCCAAGACUGAGUCAUUCGUGAACAAGAUCUUCGCCUCCAAUGUGGCUGCAAGAGACUAAGCGAUCAUCCAGUUGAACUGGUUCAUGGUGUAUGGCUUCUCAGCCCCCAUGCGUUAGACUCCACGCGAAAGGCGUAGCAAUUGAGCCUGUAAUUCUCUAUAUUCUAGAAAAAGAAAUUGACCGUUGAAGUCCUUAGAGAUGAUGACUCGAGAUACCUUUGGACAAACGAUUUUCUUGCCGCUCACAUCGCAGCGAUACCGGCCAAAUCCACACGCGCCCUGUGCAUUUGGAUCACAAGUAGGGCGUAGGGAGCAGUUGACAUGGAUUUUAUGGGGCGUAUCCGCAGGGACUAGUCCGUAACCUGUCCCAUUGAUAGAAUUGCCGCCCUAGGGCGUGAGUCUAUCUCGAUAAAACCACUGCUUCGUCC